ACCUCUACCCUAAUAUGCUGCAUGCUAGACGGAUACUAUGCCUGGCAUGUGUCGGUGAUGGAGCUACCCUCGGCGCUCUGAGCUGGUGAGAGCCGAGACCUGCAUGACACACACAGGCAGGGAUGAGACAUAGACUAUCGGAUAGGCACCCCGGAUUGAUAAUACUAGCUCAAUGAUGUCCAAUAGCCUGAAGAAGAAAAAUCACUGGACCAACAAAGUCCACGAAGCGGUUGUCAUCAGGAGCAAAGAAGGGGAAUUUGGCUUCGAGCUGAAGGGGGGCGCGGAGAUUGGGCAGUUCCCCUACUUCGGGGAGGUGAAACAAGGCAAAGCGGCUGUCCAGAGCGGAAAGCUGGCUCAGAGUGAGUUGCUGCUGGAGGUCAACAGCACAGCGGUGGCUGGGCUCACCACCCGAGAUGUUCUGGCCAUCAUCAAACACUGCAAAGACCCGGUCCGCUUCAAGUGUGUCAAACAAGCUUUAAUUGUCUGGAGCCUGGUGUUGUUGUGGCCAAGGAGUUUUCACUCAGAUGGAACCAGGUUUCCGCUGCUGUGCAAUGUUGACGCCCUUCCUCCCGGAGAUAUGAAGGCAUCCCCCGGACUGGACACAACCAGGCAAACAUAUAUGUUUGCAAUGAAAGGCCAUGGACAUUUCUGUCCUGCCCUUUGGAGCAGGACAUGUAAUAUGCCCUCAGACUAGAUUCCUUUGUCCAUAACAUAACCUGAACCAAAGAUACUCAAAGGAUCUUGUGAUAUAAGCCUAGGUUUAUAUAUGGUUUUUACCUAAGCCUUUGUGUGUUUGUGUGUUUUUAAGUUUUUCAUAAUUGUAGGCUACUACUAAUAAAUCAUUUUAUUGUUGAAA